GUUUGUUUACAUUCAUUUGAGUAAAAAGUGUUUAGUCUAAUUUUUUAAAAUUCAUAAAAAAUGGAUAGUAGCAAGAAUGACAGCGCUAUUGGAGACGAAGCAAAGAUAAGGAAGCCUGCACCAGGUGAUGGAAUCAGAUCAUUAAAAUCGAGCUAUGCUUUUAGACUCAUAAAUUAUGAAUUAUAUGUAAAGCCAAACAUUGUCAUCAUGUCGAUUGGGUUAAUAUCCAUUACUGGUGUUUUUGGAUAUAUUGCUUACAUGAGACACAAAUAUGAAGGAUUAGGAUAUUAUUCAGCUGUUAAAUCUGACGGAACUGAAGUAUUUGAGAAGAAAAAGUCAAGAUGGGAACAGUAACUUAAAAUUAAUAUAUUAGAUUUCUUAUUUAAAAAAAUAGACUUUAAUAAAAC